AAACAAGCAAGCGACCUCCGCACCAAACCGGCAAACCCCAUUCUCUUCCCCUCUUUAUUCCCUCCGUUCUCACUAGGGUUUCUGUUCAAUCUCUUCUUGAAUAACGUAAAGAAUUCAAAGAAAUUUGAUUUGUGAUUGCUUUUCGGGUUCGAAUCUUUUUUAUUUCCCUGCGGAGAAUUUAGGGUAAGGGUUACGCUGGUUGGGAAUUGCUAGGGUUUGAGAUUGGGGGGUUUUGGUAUCAAAUUAAGCUGAUUUUGAUUAAUUUCGAUUAAGGGUUAAAAUCAGAUGUGGGGAGAUUAUCGAUCCGGUACCUCGUGAUCGCGAGCGAGCCGUCGAAUUGAGGGGUGGUUUGGUAAUUGUAUGGAAACUCGGAGCCGGAAGCGGGCGGAGGCCUCCUCAACAGCGCCUUCUUCAUCUUCCUCUGCUGGUCCAACCACACGUGCUAAUAAACGAGCUCGCUUCUCUGCCACUGUGUCCUCCACCUCCUCUUCGAUCGCCAACGUAACGCCCACUCCCACCACUCGCUCCCGUGCAUCAUCUCGUUCUGCUGCCGCCAUCACCACUACCGCUACUGCUCCCAUGGACUCAACGGUUGAAUCCUCCUCUGGGUCAAAACGUGAUCGCCGGACUAGAAAUUCUGAUAGGGACGGUCCUGCCACUAAUGAUAAAGGCAAAGAGAAAGAGCACGAAGUUAGGGGAAGAGAUAGGGACCGGGAGAGAGAGAGGGAGGCCGAGAGAAUGCUGGGUUUAAACAUGGAUUCGGGACACGGUGGGGAUGACGAUGAUAACGACAGUGAGGGUGGAGUUGGGAUUCUGCACCAGAAUCUGACAUCUGCUAGUAGUGCGCUUCAAGGACUGUUAAGGAAGCUUGGAGCUGGAUUGGACGAUCUGCUUCCAUCUUCAGGUAUGGGCUCUGCUUCAUCAUCACACCAGAGCGGGAGGCUGAAGAAGAUUCUGUCUGGAUUGCGUGCUGACGGGGAGGAAGGGAAGCAGGUUGAGGCAUUAACCCAGCUUUGCGAUUUGCUCUCUAUUGGGACUGAAGACUCUCUUAGCACCUUCUCUGUGGACUCUUUUGUGCCGGUGCUUGUUGGACUGCUUAACCAUGAGAGCAAUCCUGACAUCAUGUUACUCGCAGCCAGGGCACUUACUCAUCUAUGUGACGUGCUUCCAUCCUCUUGCGCUGCUGUGGUGCAUUAUGGGGCUGUUUCAUGCUUUUGUGCAAGGUUGCUCACUAUAGAGUACAUGGACUUGGCUGAACAGUCUCUGCAAGCACUGAAGAAGAUAUCUCAGGAGCACCCAACUGCAUGUCUUAGAGCUGGUGCUCUUAUGGCAGUGCUUUCAUAUCUGGAUUUCUUCUCCACCGGAGUCCAGCGAGUAGCAUUGUCUACAGCAGCAAAUAUGUGUAAGAAACUUCCUUCAGAUGCAUCUGACUUUGUGAUGGAGGCUGUUCCCCUCUUGACAAAUCUUCUCCAGUAUCAUGAUUCGAAGGUUUUAGAGCAUUCCUCCAUUUGCUUGACUCGAAUAGCUGAGGCCUUCGCGUCCUCUCCAGAUAAAUUAGAUGAACUAUGUAAUCAUGGAUUGGUCACGCAAGCUGCUUCUCUAAUCUCCACCAGUAACUCUGGUGGGGGGCAGGCAUCUCUCAGUGUGCCAACGUAUACGGGUCUGAUACGACUGCUUUCCACUUGUGCGAGUGGGUCUCCCUUAGGAGCCAAAACCUUAUUGCUCCUCGGUAUCAGUGGAAUUCUUAAAGAUAUUCUAUCAGGCUCUGGUAUUUCUGCUAAUGCUUCUGUUUCACCGGCUUUAAGUCGACCAGCAGAGCAGAUUUUUGAGAUUGUGAAUCUAGCAAAUGAGCUUCUCCCUCCCCUGCCACAAGGAACAGUUUCCCUUCCAGCAAGCUCCAAUAUGUUUGUUAAGGGGUCUAUGCUGAAGAAGUCUCCUGCCAGUAGUUCUGGAAAGCAAGAUGACAUAAAUGGUAAUGGUCAAGAGGCUUCAGCUCGCGAGAAGUUACUAAAUGAUCAGCCUGAGCUUCUGCAGCAAUUUGGAAUGGAUCUUCUUCCUGUUUUGAUUCAGAUCUAUGGUUCUAGUGUCAAUAGUCCAGUUCGCCAUAAAUGUCUCUCGGUUAUUGGGAAGUUGAUGUAUUUCAGCGAUUCGGAGAUGAUUCAAUCUUUAUUAAGUACAACAAACAUUUCAAGUUUCUUAGCUGGUGUUCUAGCAUGGAAAGAUCCACAUGUUUUGGUGCCUGCUCUCCAAAUUGCUGAGAUUCUUAUGGAGAAACUUCCGGGGACUUUUUCGAAGAUGUUUGUGAGGGAAGGCGUGGUUCAUGCUGUUGACCAACUUAUCUUGUCUGGAAAUCCAAAUACUGAUUCUGCCCAAGCAUCUUCUGCUGAGAAAUACAGUGAUUCAUUGGCAGGCAUGUCAUCUCGUUCCAGGCGCUAUCGACGGCGAAGUGGUAAUUCAAAUCCUGAAGGAAAUUCCACGGAAGAAUCUAAGAAUCCUGUCUCAAUUGGCUCACCUCCGAGGUCUGUAGAUAUCCCAAAUGUUAAUACCAAUCUUCGCAUGACAGUCAGCACAAGUGCCAAAGCUUUUAAGGACAAAUUCUUUCCUUCAGAGCCAGGGACUGUUGAAGUUGGAGUUACUGAGGAUCUUAUACAUUUAAAGAACCUGUGCAUGAAAUUAAAUGUUGGUGUUGAUGACCAAAAGACCAAAGCAAAAGGGAAAUCCAAAGCUUCUGGAUCUCGUCCUUCCGAGAACUCCACUAAUAAGGAAGAAUACCUGAUUGGGGUGAUAUCUGAGAUGCUAGCUGAACUAAGCAAAGGGGAUGGUGUAUCAACUUUUGAGUUCAUCGGCAGUGGUGCUGUUGCUGCUUUGCUGAAUUAUUUUUCGUGUGGCUACUUUUCAAAGGAAAAAAUAUCAGAAGCUAACCUUCCCAAGCUUCGGCAACAAGCACUUAGAAGGUUUAAGUCAUUUGUUGCUGUAGCACUUCCUUCCACUAUUGAUAAUGGCAGUGUAGCUCCAAUGACUAUCUUAGUUCAGAAACUUCAGAAUGCUUUGUCUUCCUUGGAGCGUUUCCCUGUUGUUCUUAGCCAUUCAUCAAGGUCGUCCACUGGAAGCGCUCGUCUUUCUUCUGGAUUAAUUGCAUUAUCCCAGCCUUUUAAGUUGCGUCUAUGUCGAGCCCAGGGGGAAAAGUCCCUCCGCGAUUAUUCUUCAAAUGUGGUACUCAUUGAUCCAUUAGCAAGCUUGGCAGCUGUUGAAGACUUUCUCUGGCCCCGAGUUCAGCGAGGUGAAUCUGGUCAAAAGCCCUUGGCAGCUGCAGGGAACUCUGAGUCGGGUACUACACCUGCUGGAGCUGGCAGUUCAUCUCCAUCUAAUUCAACUCCUGCUUCAGGCACUCGUCGUCAGUCAACAAGAUCCAGGACAUCUGUUAACAUUGGAGAUAUGUCUAAAAAGGAACCAUUACAAGAGAAAAACACUUGCUCUUCAAAGGGAAAGGGUAAAGCUGUUUUGAAAACCGCUCAAGAGGAAUCAAGAGGGCCUCAAACAAGGAAUGCUGCUCGUAGAAGAGCUUCCCUAGAUAAAGAUGCACAGGUGAAACCUGUAACGGUAAAUGGGGACUCUAGUUCUGAGGAUGAGGAAUUGGAUAUAUUACCUGUUGAGAUUGACGAAGCUGUGGUGAUUGAAGAUGAUGAUAUCUCUGAUGAUGAAGAUGAUGACCAUGAUGAUGUUCUAGGGGAUGAUUCUCUUCCAGUUUGCAUGCCUGACAAGGUACAUGAUGUAAAAUUGGGUGAUGCACAGGAGGAUAGCACUGUUGCAUCAGCCACUAGUGAUAGCCAAACCAAUCCCGCUUCUGGUUCUAGUAGCAGAGCUGCUACUGCCAAGGGCACAGAUUCUACUGAUUUAAGGGGUGGAAGUUCAUAUGGUUCAAGAGGUGCAAUGUCAUUUGCCGCUGCUGCCAUGGCUGGGCUUGGAUCUGCUAAUGGCAGAGGUAUCAGGGGAGGCAGAGAUCGGCAGGGACGACCUUUAUUUGGUGGUUCUAACGACCCUCCAAAACUGUUAUUUACUGCUGGUGGAAAGCAACUCAACAAGCAUCUAACUAUCUAUCAAGCCAUUCAACGGCAACUCGUGGUCGAUGAGGAGGAGGAUGAAAGAUAUGGAGGCAAUGAUUUCGUAUCCAGUGAUGGAAGCCGGUUGUGGAGUGAUAUAUACACUAUUACAUACCAGAGGGGAGAUGGCCAAGCUUCAGGCGGGGGAUCUAUUUCCGCUAAUACAUCGAAAUCUGAGAAAUCUGGCUCUUCGAAAUCCAAUUCUGAUUCUCACUUGCCGCGGAUGUCACUUUUGGAUAGCAUUUUGCAAGGUGAGCUUCCUUGUGAUAUGGAAAAAUCAAGUCCUACUUAUAAUAUAUUGGCACUUUUGCGAGUAUUAGAGGGUCUGAACCAGUUGGCAUCUCGUUUAAGAGCCCAAAUAGUUUCUGGGAAUUUUGCCGAGGGAAAGAUUGUGUGCUUAGAUGAAUUGAGUAUUUCUGGGGCCAGGGUUUUCCCUGAGGAAUUUAUUAACAACAAGCUCACUCCCAAACUAGCUAGGCAAAUUCAGGAUGCUCUUGCUUUGUGCAGUGGGAGUCUUCCAUCAUGGUGUUACCAAUUGACAAAAGCAUGUCCUUUUUUGUUUCCUUUUGAGAUCCGACGACAGUACUUCCAUUCUACUGCUUUUGGGUUGUCUCGUGCAUUGUAUCGUCUUCAGCAGCAGCAGGGUGCUGAUGGCCAUGGAUCAACUAAUGAAAGGGAGGUGAGGGUUGGAAGAUUACAGCGACAGAAAGUUCGCGUCUCUAGGAAUCGAAUUUUGGAUUCUGCUGCCAAGGUAAUGGAGAUGUAUUCUAGUCAAAAGGCUGUUCUUGAAGUAGAGUAUUUUGGUGAAGUUGGCACUGGAUUGGGCCCGACCUUGGAGUUCUACACGCUUCUAAGUCAUGAUCUACAAAAAGUUGCACUAGGAAUGUGGAGGUCACACUUUUCAAAUAAAUCUUCUAUGGAAAUCGAUGGAGAUGAAGAGAAGGGGGUUAAAACCAAUGAUUCAGCUGUGGGUGAUGGCAAUCUUGUCCAAGCGCCUCUUGGAUUGUUCCCUCGUCCAUGGUCUCCAAAUGUUGAUGUUUCUGAGGGCAGCCAAUUCUAUAAAGUUAUCGAGUAUUUCCGGUUGCUUGGGCGAGUGAUGGCCAAAGCUCUUCAAGAUGGGCGGAUUUUGGACCUCCCGCUCUCGACAGCCUUUUACAAGCUUGCACUCGGUCAAGAGCUUGAUUUGUAUGACAUUCUUUCUUUUGAUGCUGAAGUUGGGAAGACUUUACAAGAAUUGCAUGCGCUUGUUGGUCGUAAACAUUAUUUAGAAUCACUAGAUGGUGAUAAUCAUGAUGCAAUUGCUGGAUUACGUUUCCGUGGGGCCCCAAUCGAAGAUCUUUACUUGGAUUUUACUCUGCCUGGCUAUCCAGACUACAUAUUGAAAACCGGGGAAGAAAAUGUUGACAUCAACAACUUGGAGGAGUACAUAGCCGUGGUAGUUGAUGCAACGGUGAAGACUGGGAUUGCACGUCAAAUGGAAGCAUUUAGAGCUGGGUUCAAUCAGGUCUUUGACGUUUCUUCAUUACAAAUAUUUACUCCACAUGAGUUGGAUAAUUUGCUUUGUGGACGUAGGGAUUUGUGGGAGCCUGAGACCCUUGUUGACCAUAUAAAAUUUGAUCAUGGCUACACUGCCAAGAGUCCUGCAAUUGUUAAUUUACUUGAGAUUAUGGGAGAACUCACAGCAGAGCAACAGCGGGCCUUCUGUCAAUUUGUAACUGGCGCACCUAGGCUUCCACCUGGUGGUCUGGCAGUGCUUAAUCCAAAGCUGACCAUUGUGAGAAAGCAUUCUUCGUCGGCAGGUAAUGCAGCAUCCAAUGGAACUGGUCUUACUGAAAACGUGGAUGAUGACUUACCGAGUGUCAUGACCUGUGCUAAUUAUUUGAAGCUUCCUCCUUACUCUACCAAGGAAAUAAUGUACAAGAAACUACUCUAUGCUAUUAGUGAAGGACAGGGGUCUUUUGAUUUGUCGUAGUUUUUGAGGUUAACUGCUCGAGUUUAUAAAUAUCUGUCGGAAACACGAUGAAUGUCAAUUUUCUUAAUUGGGAUUAGUUUGGCACUGAAAGUGUAACUGUUCUUCUCAAAUAAUGGCUUUGGUUUUCCUGCCCUAAGAACUCAUUGGCAUCAACAAGGUUAGUAGCUUCUUCAUAGAGGCUGUCUGCUCAAAAAUCUCAUUGGGGUCCAUUGUUAUGGAUUUUAAUGCUCAUGUGCUGUAAAUUAAGUUUGUAAUCAUAAGUUCUUUAAGAAAUAUAUUUUUUCCUACCUUGGUAUCGUACCCUGAUUCCUAAAAUUUGGUCUAAUUGUGUUCAGAUGGGGUUGCUGCAUUUGUAAAGAUGAAUGUGGGAAGAAGAGCUCCCUAUCUUCUAAGGCUUGUAAAUAAACAGGGGAAAAAUUUCGCUCAACUUUCUUCUAUUUUGAAUGGUAGAAUUACAUCUUUGGCAUAAAAUGAUGUAUUCGAAAAUAAGUCAUUGGAAUAUUGCUAUGCCUUGUUUCGUGUUAUUUUAUUUUUUUUAUUCA